GUAUGAAAGUUUAUGUAGUGAUUGAGUUGACUGGGUUACGUCUUUAACAUCAAAUUUGUGAUGCGAGAAAUGAGGGAAUCACUGCAUUUUUCUGCUCGGAGAAACUAAAAUCGGUAUCGAUAUCUGCCACAAGUAGGGAGAAACAACAAAAACAAAUGUUUAACUUCGUAGUUUGUUGACACUGUCAUUUUCAAGUACAUAUUUUAACUGUCAGGAAUGGACUCAUAGCAAUACAUCAAAUUAGUUGUAACCGAUUGUCAGUCAUGAACUUAAUAUUUUGGGGAUGUUUUGGUGUGGGACUUGUAGUGUUCCUCCCGUUAUUUGGUAUAGUUUGGCUUGUCUCUAUUGGAAUUCUAUUUUUUGUUUUUUGCCUUGGGGCAUUCACGGUGUUACACUGGAAAAAUGGCCCAGUAAUGGACAAGUAUUAUGAAGGUGAAGGAUCAAUGGUUCAGCCAUCAAGACCAGGAUUGGCAAAGGUUGUCAGUCGCCUUCAACCUGUUCCCAACUAUAAACUAGACCGUAGACUCACUGGCUCACAACUUAUUGAUGAAAGUCUUCAGGAAAUUCUGGGAUACAUUAUCAGAGAUCAAAUUGAGCCUUGGUAUGAUCGAGUUAGCGCACAUCCCCAAUUCCCCCACCAGGUUCGUUCUACUGCCCAGCAGGUCAUUGUGAAUUUUUCAAACAGGGUAAAGGAUGUUGACUGGAUUCACUAUCUUACUACAAAAUUAGUGGAUGAUGUUGCAUCACAUUUACGUCUUUACCGGCAAGCUAGGGUUCGACUGAAGCGUCCUCCAGUUGCUUACAAUCCAAGUCAUAGCCGACAAGCAAGUGGUUCUAAGUUUGAUACUAAACCAGGAGGGAAGGACACUUCACCGAUGCAUAGCAGUUCUGUUCUAUCUGCUCAUCACCUUCAGCCUGGCCCAAACAAACAUCAAUCGCCCACUCAGUCAUUGGGAUCAUCCACCUCUGUCUCCAGUUUGACUGGGGUGACUCCUGCUUCACCCGCUGUACCUGUAGAUUUAGAGACUGCAUUUUUUGAUUUAGAAGUCACCAUGGAAGAUAACCUUUUGUGUCGUGAUCUCGUUUGCACUGAGAGCGACCAUGAAAAACAAUACUUACGAGACAUUGCAGAAAUACUUCUGUUCAUAUUAUUACCGGAAGAAGAUUUCCAUUGCAAACCUUUGAGGCUUUUGGUGCGAGAGCUAUUUGUGGAGGCUAUUAUUCUUCCCUUGUUAGACUUGUUCUCUGAUCCAGAUUACAUUAAUCAGACAAUAAUUUGGCUGUGUCGAGACAUGCCCAUGUCUAGUGAUGUGUUUAUGACAGUUUUACGUGUUACUGACAAUUUAGAUGAAUUACAUGCAACAAGUGAAUUGCUUUCCAAAGACAUUGCACAAGUGCGUUCUCGUGAUUCUGGAGGAGAAGAUGAUAUCUGGGUAAAGCAACAACUAAGCAGUCUCCUAUAUGUGAGCAAAGUUAUAGAAAGUCGUCUCUCUCGAUUACAGGAGGGUGCUGAAACUGACUCAGUUGGGUUACCAUCAAAUGUAGAUUGGAGUAAAUAUCUUGCUCCUGGUGCCAAUAAUAAAUUGUUUUCUUUGCCGCUUGAUGUUGUUUUAAAAAAUAAUAUUGCUCUGUCAUACUUUAUUGACUACAUGACUAGUAUUGGGACUCAAGCAUAUCUCUUUUUUUAUUUAAAUGUUGAAGGCUGGAGAGUAUCAGCUGAGCAUCAAAUAUCAGAUAUGGAACUACAGAAGCUAAGCUCACAAUCCAGCAAUAGUAAUUUGGACAGCAAUAAUUCUAUAACUCUAGAUAAUAUGAAAGAAGCUGCUUACAGCAUAUAUGAACAGUACCUCUCAGAAAAGGCAUCUCCCCGCCUGAAACUAGAUGAGACAGUAGUGAAACAUCUACUGUUCAGAAUAAGGACAGAAAUGGUCAAUGAGACAUGGUUUGAUGACGUUCAGGCCAAUGUUUUAGAGAAGCUUCAGAAUGAGGAAAAAUUUCUACCAAGUUUCCGUAGAAGUACUGGCUAUGUUAAACUACUGGCGGAGUUGGACCUUCUGAAGGAAACCUGGUCUCGGAGUGAUGAUGACGAUUUGGACUUCCCUGUUUCAGCAGAUGAAAUGAGUCUGUCUGACAAUGUCAGUCUAAGUUCACUUGAUGCUAUUGAUGCUUCUCAAGCUUGUGGCCCUGUGGUUGAAAGUUCUCAGUUGGCAGCUGAGCUCUCUCAGUUGAAUGCGAAGCAAGCUCUGUUACAAUCCCUGGCAACAAAUGAUAUAAAGAAGCCUCUAUCAGUUGUGUUCACUCUUACAGCAGAGAUAACUGAAACAGGUCUAUUUAAUGAUCGUGGAAAAGUUUAUGGCAUCUAUCGUGUGGUUGUUUGCAAGAACUAUGAAUCAGAUCAUCAAGAAAAAUGGCAUGUCUUGAGACGGUAUUCAGAUUUUUAUGACCUUCAUCAAAAAAUCAAAGAGAAGUAUGUUGAUCUUGCAAAGCUGACAUUCCCUGGCAAGAAGACUUUUCACAAUAUGGAUCGUGCAGUCCUAGAAAAACGCAUGAGAAUGCUAAAUAGCUAUCUACAAAUUAUAGUACAGCCUGGAGUUGUAUCAAGUCAUAUUGGUUUGCUGCAACUUCUUGUUUCAUUUUUUGAGCCAGCUGAAUAUGACAAGGGAGAGACAGGAGGGCAAAUUUCUCGAACGUUUGAUACCCUGGUAAAUCCAUUAAAAUCUUCAGUGCGCACUGUUGGACAAGCUGUUAGAUCUAUGCCUGAUAAUUUACUAAGCACAGUAGAUGGAGUAAUGGAUGGACUUAGUAAAGUUUUCCAAACUAAACCAAACCCGUCCAAGAUAGAUGAAGAGUCCAUGAAAGUUGGUGCAUCUAUCGAUCAGGAGACUGAUGACAACAUUCCUCUCAGAAUUAUUCUUCUAUUGAUGGAUGAAGUAUUUGAUCUUAAAUCGCGAAACCAGUGGCUGCGGCGCAGGAUUGUGACAUUACUUCGUCAAAUUAUUAGAACUAUGUUUGGUGACAUUGUUAAUCGCCGAAUAGUUGAUUAUGUAGCUGUAAUGACCAGCCCAGAACAAGUUGCUGAUUAUCUACGUGCAUUCAAGCAUGCGUUUUGGCCAAGUGGAAUGAAAGCUGAACCGCGUCAAGCGAGAGAUGAAGCUACUCGAAUGAGGACUAGAGUUGCUGCCAAAGUUGCUCUCCUUUGUAGUCUAUCAGAUGAAUUCAAGCAUGUGAUUGGCAAUGAGACAAUGCGAAGAGGUCUUCUGAGAGUUUUUGAAAUGUUUCAGCACCCUGUCUUAAAUCGAAGGUUACUGUAUGUAUUUCUUGAGGGAUUUUUGGAAACUCUGUUUCCCCAGCACAAUUUAGACUGUACAUUCCGAAAAUUACAUUCACGCUCUUCACGUGUGAGAGAUGAUUUCAAAACAUCUCACCGUUUCAAACAAGAUCUUAUAAGAUGAUCAUUACAAUCUAGCGUCACGUAAAUCCCCAUUGAUGUUUUGUCUUUUUGGUAAGGCAAGGGGUUACAUGCUUAUGUAAAUCACUAGUCAGCUUGUAACUGAUAUGCAUUUCUUAUUUCAUAUUGAAAGUAGUCUAUUUGUUCAAGAAAUGCCAAUGAAUUAUAGUAUUAUUUGGUUAAUAUUACUAUUGGUUAAAGCAAAUUUGUUUGUUGUGUUUAGAUUAUACUGUAUAUAUCUUGUGACUGUUUUUCAGUUACAUAUGGUACCUGGUUUAUCAAAUGGAAGCUAUUUUUCAAUGCUGGUGAAUAAAGAAAUAUUAGAGAAAAUUAGAUCAGAUAUUUUGAGAACUCAAAAUAAAGGUUGGUCUCUUCUUAGGGGCUGUCAUUAACAUCAAUCAUCUUGGUUUUGACUAAGCAAAGAACUUUUGCUUGUACUUUUUGUAUCUUUAGUUUUCUUUGAUUUCUUUGUAUCUAUGAGGGGAUUAAAUCAAUAAACUACUAAACUAUAUUUUGACAUGUUACCAAAUCAUGUUUUGAGUGCCAAUGAAAAAUUCUUUGACUUAAGAUAUGAUUUUCUCUUUUCCUUUCUGGGGGACCUUGUUAGUACUGUUAAGAACUUCUUUUGUGAUAUAUUGAUUGUAUGCUAGAAACUAUGCCAUUCUGUCAUAAUAUUUGUAUGUUUUACAGAGAGGAUUCUACCUAUCCUGAGUUGCCCCUUUUAUCCCCAUUGCCUUUGCUGUUUAUGGACAAUGUUGCUUUUUAAUGAAUUGUUAUUGUCUACUUUCCUUACGUACUGAAAACGGUACCAAAUUGUUCUGAAACCAGACAUUUAAGAUUUGAUUGUGAUUGAAAGGGUGGACCAGAUUACCUUUAAUUAUUUAUAGCAGGAGGUCAUUCUUUUUCUGUUUUGUGUUCUUUCUUGAUUCAUUUUAAAAGUUAAUGAUGUGCAGAGGCCUAUGUAUUGAUAUUAUAACAAGAAAAGAUAUCUGUGUUUUCAAUAUGACUGUUUCAAGUAUGCAACCCUGUUUACUAGUCAAUGUCAAAUUAGUGAUUUUCUUCUCGGUCUUCUGCACUUGCUCUUAUAGAAGAUAAAAUAUCAACUAUCACAAAGCAAAAAGCUCAAUUUGCAAAUGCAGUACUUUUUGUCUUAUGUCCAAGAUUUUUUGUCUGGUCUGGUUCAAAUUAUAUCAAUUUUAUCUCAUUUGGGUCUAAGAAAUGUAAUGUCCUGUGCGUACCGUGUUGCGUUGCAUGUACUGCACAACCGCUUUUGCUGGCAAAAAAAACUAUACAGAAUGUCAUAUAUUUUUGGAAUAUUAUAAUACUCAAUACUCCCAUACCUUGUGAAUGUCUUAAGAAUGAUUAUCAUGCAAGAGCAUUAGGGGUGUCAUAUUAAGUUAAGUUCUAAUUUAGAUAUUAGCUCCAAUUGUGUUCUAUUUCGAUUUAGUUUGCAAAUUACAAAGCCAUGGCUUUGUGUUGAAAGCUCUGUGAGGAAACCUCAGUAAUAAUAGACAUGUAUAAGUUGAUCCACUUUUAUUGAAAUUGUUAUUUUACCAAGUUUUGCUUCCACUCCUACUUUUCAUUAAAGGAUCAAACAUCAUUCAGACCCAUAGUAUGAUCUGAAUUAAAGUAAUUAUACUCGGAAGUAGAUUCACUUUUGCAUUUCCAUGUGAUAUUAUAUUUUAUUGUUUCUAUUAAAAGUCUAUAUUGCUCCAA